AUGUCAGUAACCUCUAAUGAAAGGAUGGCUAGUGAUAAGUGAAAAUUAAUUUCACUAGAAAUUCCUGUUCAUAAUGUUGCCGUUGUGAGGUGGAUUGAGCAAGGACAAGAUGCGGAAUACUGGCAAGGGUAUUGUGGCGCAAAAUUUAAAGAUACGAAUGUGGUUGUAAAAGUAGCCCGAGGAUUUAUGCUGGACUGCUUUAUAUAA